CCUUCUUUUCCUAUAUUCUGUAAACAAAGCCAUCAUCGUGUUACCUCUGUGACUUAUCCGUAAAAGGACCUUUUAGAACGCACACCUCGCAAUUUUCCUCUUCCAAUCUUUAAAGGGAUUGAAAAAACAAAAAAAACAAAUAUUUUGAAAAGAAAAAAGAUUAAAAAAAGCUGGUUUUUGCGUUCAUAUUGGAUGUUAACAUUGUGUAGAUUGAAAGGAACAAAGCAUUGUGGCAUGGUCUUGAAGUUUUACCAAGUACAGAGUAUUAUUUAUCAAAACAAUGGAGAGUCGAGUUGCAAAGGAACCAGAAGAAAAAACUCGUAGUUGCCAUGAUAUGAAGAAUAAGCCAUGGUCGGUUUCGGGAAACCCUGAACAAGCAGCUCCUACAACGCAGUUUUCACGAAGAUUCCCUCAAAAUCGACUUUCACAGAAGUUACCCACUUUAAAAAUAUCUACGUCGUCCCUUCCUAAUACAGUAAAAAAUACCGAAUCCAAUGCCACUGAUCAAUCCUUGUCUCCUUAUCGUUCUACUUUGGCUUCGUCUUCUAAUGUUACCUCCAAUCAACCCUAUCCAAACGGUCCAGUAUGCAUAUAUCCUCCAAACAUAUAUCUAUAUGCAAAGCCUUCUAUGCCGAUUUUGCAGUCCUUCGACGUCGUCGUCAACGUCGCCAAAGAAGUAGUACAACCAUUUACGACCGAGGGUCGUUACUACAGGGACUCCAAACACAACUUGGAUGUCCAUGUAUUUGAUUGCCUUGAAUAUAUUCACAUACCUUGGGAGCACGACUCGCAGUUUGUAGUUGAACUGGAUCAGUUGGUAUCGUUCGUUACUUAUCAAGCAAUUUGUUUAAACAAGCGUGUUUUGAUUAACUGUCAAAUGGGAAUUUCGAGAUCUGCGUGUCUUGUCAUUGCAUUUAUCAUGAAAACUCUAAAUUUAAAUGUGUCCGAUGCGUAUGAAUAUGUCAAGAAACGAUCUCCUUGGAUUGGUCCUAAUAUGUCGUUAAUCUUUCAGCUUUCAGAGUAUCAACAAAUGAUUCGUAAAGAUCCGGAUUCGACAUCUCGACCUACAAACCCGUUCUUUUUUCCUGAAAAACCGUAUACAGCACAACUUCCUCUUUCCUCUGCAUCUUCAACCGAUUCUCUUACAUAUCCGGCUUUACGAAAAACCAGGAGCAGUGGCAGUGUUAACAAUGAAUCCUCUUGAGACUGCCUCGUUUCGUCCCGCCUCCAUUUUUAUGUUUUAAUUUUUUUUGUUUUUGAUAAACGUUCUCACACUUCCUUGUACCUUUCAAUAGCGUUCGCAUUGACUGUCGCUCUACUUUUUAAACGCGCCCCUAAUUUCUUCCUUCAAGUGUUUUGUAAUUUAUUUAAUAUCUACACUCGUUCUAAAAAGUUGGCUCUCGAGUCAAAUGACAAUAUGACUAGCACCAUGAUAUGUGUGCCUUUGUCAUUUAAGCUUGUUCCUUCUAAAGAAGUUGUUCACUGUAUUCUAACUAGAUCCCAUAAUUAUGAUUUAAUACUCUUAUCUACGUUCUUUUGUUAGUUACGGAUAAAAACAUCAUUCCGUCCUAGAAACUUUUUGCUGCUAGCUAAUAUGAACUAAGUCUUUAAGGUAGCUAAUUACAGAUA